AUUUUUUUUUUUUUUUGAGGGAAACCCAUCUCUUGAAAGUGCCUCGUUUGUUUUUCCCAUCCUUAACCUGUGGCGUUGCCCCAAAAAGAUUAUGUAUGCAACUCUGCGGUGGAGAAAUUAGAGAAUAACGUGAUUAAACGGAGAUGGCCGCCGUUGCAACCUCCGCUUACAGCAGCUGUAUUCCCGCCAAUUUCCUCCAUUCCCCGCUAAAAAUAACCAACCAGAUUUCAUCCCCGCCGCCAUUGUACAUCUCCACAAACCCAUCCCACGUAAACCCAAGCCAUCUCCAGCACCUCUACGCUCUCUGCAACCACUCCUGCCACCGCUUCCCUAAGCUCGACUCCGACGGCCGCGUAGAGCUUAUAGACGUCAGCAAACUCCGAACUGCUCUGUCCAAUAGCUCCGUUGUCGUAUCGGUCUUCACGAAACCCGAAUUAGCUAAUGAUUUAUCGUCCACUGCUGAAGUCGGGACAAGAUCGAUGGGCAUUGGUGGGAAUUGGAUUCAGCGAGUGAUGCCGGUGACUCCAGAUAACGGGAAGCUUGUGGGGUUUGGACGCGCUGUUUCUGAUUUAGGGCUAACUGCUUCCAUCUAUGAUGUCAUGGUCGGAACACUUUUCCUUCUGAAAAAGUAAUUUUUAUUUUAUUUUCCUUCUAAUGUAGUUGUUUUUCAGUGCAUUUCAGGUGAUCCCUUCUCUCCAGGGUAGAGGAAUUGGGCGGAGGAUUGUACAAAGAAUUAUAAGGUUGUAAUGGGACUAGAUAUUUUUAAGAUUCUAGGGUUCUAGGCAUUGCUUGGAAUUUGGGAAUCAUUAAGGAAAAUCAUUUGCUUAUAUUGUUUUGAAGGAGGCGAAAGUUCAAUUAACAAGUAUAUGCGAGGAACUGUUCAGCUUUUACUGAUUGGUAAUAUUGAGUUGAUCAGCCAAGUGUAGUUUAAUUUUCUACCGUUAUUCAUUUUUGGCAUGUUGUAAUUGUGGUGUAGCAUCGAGGAAACAUUCUACCUAGUAUUACCUGCAGGUUUUUCUCUAUUCAUUUACCAUUUUGUGGGAAGGAUUGUUUGGGGUUGCUGACUGCAGAGCUAAGCAUAAUGGGAAAUACAUUUGCUACAUAAUGUGCUAGUUGUUGAAAAUUUUUGGUAGUCAAGCUCUGAAAGAUGUCUAAGCACUCCAAUAUUUCUUGCAGAAUGCUUACUGGCAAAGGGGUGUACGAUAUAUCCGCCCUUUGCUCUGAGAAAGAGGGGCUAUUCUUUAAAGCAUGUGGAUUUGGAGAAGAUAUUCUUGGUUCCACUACAAUGAUGUAUACUGGGACAUCUAGCUGUCCUGAUGCACAUCAGACUGCUAUAUAUGCUGGCAGAAAGCUACUUUUAAGUCCCCCAUCAAGACAAUAGUAGAGUUCGUAAUCUCUCUUUCCAUGACCGUGCAGAUGCAGAAUGCUCUGUUCUUCAGAUAAUUGGAUUGCAAUCUACGUAGAACUUCUAUUGACUAGCCUCAAAGUUGAAGGGUUCCAUAGGCACUCUAUUCCAUUUACUGAUUUACCGCACAGCACUCUUCAGGCAGUAAGUUAAUGGAGUAGGACUUUGUGCUCCUUGUGAGCACUGGGUUAAAGUGUUUCCCUACUUUAGACCAGCUGAAAGGGAUGUGUUGCAUAGCCAAACAAUUUCAUAUACCAUUCUAACAGGCUUUUAAGUUGUUCAGUUAACAAGCUUUUUUUUUUUUUUUUUUGAUAAAUUGCCGCAUGAGUGGGCCAUCCAUCUAAUUUUCUUCCACUUUAUGCUGGACAAACUUUUGACUUUUGUUCUGAUUCCUCUCCUCUUGGUAUGGAUUUACGGGUCAUUUGCUCGACAAAAAGGUGACGGAGAUUUAGAAAGUCGUGAUGGAUAAGGAAUUCUCUUGGCCUGUGGGUAACAUUAGUCUGGAAUGGUACAAAGUUGUUAACUUUCUCUUUUCCUUAUCAACUCUUCUUUACAGAGUUGGAAGAACUUUUCAGAAAGCAACCUCUCUUGCCGUUCUGUCUUCGUUUCACGAUUGAAUCUUAGCUGUGAUGGGAAAACUAUGGGUUGAGGUCUGCCUGAUUUCUGCUAGGGGACUCCGGCGAACAUCUUCACUGUGGAAGCGCCAGUGGUUUGCCGUUGGGUGGAUUGAUACUAACAACAAAUACUGCACCAGGAUAGAUGCUUCGGGAAAUGCUAAUCCAGUUUGGAAAACCAAAUUCUGGACAGUGGUUGAUCCUUCUGAACCUAACUUCCAAGAUAUGGCCCUCCACGUCGAGGUCUAUAGUAGAGAACCCGUCUUUCUUAGAGAAAGGCUCUUGGGAACGACAACGGUGAUUCUUAAGGAAUUUCUGGAGAAGUACUUGAAGAAUUCUGAGGUUCCAAAACCGGUGGAAGAAGUAGGAAGUUUUCAGCUGAGAAAGAAGAAUACAAACAAACCUCGAGGAUUUGUCGAUAUCUCAAUCCGAAUAUCAGAAGAAAGGGAAGAGUCUAGCUCAUACCAAGGUGAUGAGGAAGGAUUUAAGCUCAUGGAUAACAGCAUGGGAAUUAACUUGGAUAUUGGGCACGGACCCCUGCAUUCACAAUUUCCUGCACCCUCACCGCUGCAGCCAGGAAGUCAGCCGCAGACAAGCAGCCAGUAUGCCCAUCCACUUCCAUUUCCUCGGAAUUAUCCCAAUAUACCAACGGGUCCAAGCUAUGCACCAGCCGGGGGAACAAGCUAUCAACCACCAAGAGCUCCACCCCCACUCCCACCACCCUCAAAUGUUAGCUAUAUACAUACCUCUCUACCGAGGACAGAUGAUUUGCGGCCUAGUUACAUGAACAUGCCAUCAUCUGGACCAGCACCUGGACGCAGCAGGGGACCUGGUGUUGGGGUGGGACUAGGUGCUGGAGCAUUAGCUGCUGGAGCCGUGAUCUUUGGGGAUGAUUUUAUGUCAGGUUUUGAUUUUCCACGCAAUUUACAAGAUGCUAGCCUGACAAUAUCAACUGAUCCUCCUUUCUGAAUAUGCGUAGAACAUAAUCUGCUGUUGUAUGGCGAGGGACAUUAUUGUUGUUUUAAAUCAUUUCAGCGUUCAACAAUUACUGCACCUGCACCCCGUAACAAACAUGGAUAUUUGUGAUCGCUGCUAGCCCUCUAAAUCCAGAAGGAAGUUUGGAUA